ACGGCUUCUUUCUUCCGAACCUCCAUCCCCAUGAGCUCAUGAAUAAAUUAUAGCGGCUCAUUGUGCAAUAGAGGGAGGAAUGCUGCGCAGCUCAGGGAAAUACUGCCGAGAGCAGAGACUACACAGACCGCGACUAUACAGAGACCCAGUGGUUAUUCUACCCGUACUUUUUAAAACUACCCAAUAGCUGGUUGGGUCCGUCUUUGUAGCCAGCGAAUUUCAACUAGCCACACACCGGGUCUAUGCAGUGAUACACCGAUUUUAUUUUCCAAAUGCACAUGGAUAAAACAAGGUAGCCGGAUUUACUUGUUCGCGAUUGCUAGUGGUGUUAAGCCGUGGACAUUUCAGAUAGCAUAACCUGCACAGAUGCAACCCAUUUGGUAGCCAAAAGGGGAAAAGAGACAUACCGAAAACUAUCCACUUAUAUCGGCGUUUGCAAAACGGAUCGCACUGGUCCUUUUCAUUGAAACACACAGAGGAUUCCUACCGCGGAUCACGGAAUCACCAGUCAGAGACCGGAGCAACCUCGGGCAGCUGUGGUCGGAGACUGCCUGCCAGGUUGAGGAGUUUGGGGGUUCCCUACAGAACCCUGUGACCCUCCGAUGAACCCCAUCAACUCCAUGAAACCUGCCUUGCCUCCCACGCCACAUAGUGACGGCUCCUACCCAUAUGAUCCUGUCCCCUGGCAGCAAGGUGCCAGUCAGCCAGGCUCUCUCUCUGUGGUAACCACAGUGUGGGGAGUGACCAGUCCUUCACCCAGCCAGGUGUUUGGCGCUCCCAUGGGUCCGGGCGGCAACUCCGCUGGCAGCCACAUGAUGCCCGGCAGCAGCCCUGGCAUGAACUCCCCGCAGUUCCUGGCGCAGCAGGGCUACCCUGAGCCCAACAAGGCCUACCUGCAGCAAGGCAUGUACGGACGCCCCAGUGGGGCCUACCCAGCAGGCCCGGGCUACGGCGGCAGCUACCCCGGUAACGGCGGGGGAUCGAUGGGCAUGCCCCCCCACGGCGCCCGCCCCCCCACAGACUUCACCCAGGCGGCCGCUGCUGCUGCCGUCGCUGCCGCCGCCGCCACUGCCACCGCUACAGCCACAGCCACGGUCGCCGCCAUCCAGGAGAAGCAGAACCAGGAAAUGAGCUACGGCCCGAUGGGUGGUGCUUCCUCUUACAACACCCAGUUCCUGUCCCACUCGGGCCCCCGGGGCCCCCCAGGGAUGGGGCCGGGGGGGAUGGGGCCGGGCGGGAUGGUGGGGGCGCGUGGCCCCCCCUCCAUGGGCCCCAUGUACGGCCCCGCACAGGGCCAGAGGAUGCCCCAGCAUCCGGGAUACGCUGGACAGCCGGGACCACCACGACACCAGCAGGGCCUCAAGCGCCCGUACAACUCUGAUGGUUUCCCUGGGCAGCAGUGCGGGCCUGGCAUGGGGCCCGGAGGCGGGCCGUAUCCGGGCCAGCCGAUGCAGUACCACGGGCCGGGCCCCCAGCGCUCCGCGCCCUCCCCCUCCUACCCCUCCCACAGGAUGGGCAUGCAGCCGGGCGGCAUGAGCCAGUACCCCACCGGACCCGGCAACCCCGGCCAGUACUACAAGCUCUCCCCACAGGCGGAGCAGUUUAACGGGCAGGGCGCCACUCACAGCAGCCUGGCAUCUGCCGUCGCUGGAGGAGGGGGACCGUACAACACCUUCACACAGGCUGCCGUCAACGGGCCUGGACGGACGAUGCCAGGCUACCCCAGCUCUCCGUUGCCAGGCAACCCCACUCCCCCCAUGACGCCGGGCAGCUCGAUGCCCCCUUACAUGUCGCCGGGGCAGGACGUCAAAUCCCCCUUCCUCCCCGACGUCAAGCCCAACAUCGCCAACAUGCAGCCCCCUACAGGCAACCCUAGCGAUGACCUUCGUUUGACCUUCCCCGUGCGGGACGGUGUGGUGCUAGAGCCCUUCCGCCUGGAGCACAACCUAGCCGUUAGCAACCACGUCUUCCAGCUCCGAGACUCCGUCUACAAGACUCUUAUUAUGAGGCCUGACCUGGAGUUGCAGUUUAAGUGCUACCACCACGAAGACCGGCAGAUGAACACCAACUGGCCGGCGUCGGUUCAGGUGAGCGUGAACGCCACGCCCCUGACCAUCGAGCGCGGGGACAACAAGACGUCCCAUAAGCCCCUCUACCUGAAGCAGGUGUGCCAGCCGGGACGCAACACCAUCCAGAUCACUGUCACCGCCUGCUGCUGUUCUCAUCUGUUUGUGCUGCAGCUGGUCCACAGGCCCUCCGUUCGCUCAGUGCUCCAGGGCCUCAUGAAGAAGAGGCUGCUUCCUGCUGAGCACUGCGUUACCAAGAUCAAGCGCAACUUCAGCAGCGGCACCAUCCCUGGGACACCGGGGCUGAACGGGGAGGAUGGCGUGGAACAGACGGGCAUCAAGGUGUCGCUCAAGUGUCCAAUCACCUUCCGCCGAAUCCAGCUGCCCGCCCGUGGACACGACUGCAGACACAUACAGUGCUUUGACCUGGAGUCUUACCUGCAGCUGAACUGUGAGCGAGGCACAUGGCGCUGCCCUGUGUGCAAUAAAACGGCUCUUCUAGAAGGACUGGAGGUUGACCAGUACAUGCUGGGCAUUCUCAUCUACAUCCAGAAUUCUGACUACGAGGAAAUCACCAUUGACCCGGUGUGUGGCUGGAAGCCGGUGCCGGUGAAACCGGAUCUGCACAUUAAAGAGGAUCCGGACGGGCCCGCGCUCAAGCGCUGCCGCACCCUCAGCCCGAGUCACAUGAUCCUGCCCAGCGUCAUGGAGAUGAUCGCAGCGCUGGGCCCAGCCUCCUCGCCAUACCAGUCGCUGCCACAGGGGGGCAGCAGCCACACACCAGAGUACCCCAGCCAAGCCGGGUCAGGCUACUCUAACCAGCAGCCCGGUUUCUCGGACUUCCCCAAUGCCCCGGGGACCCCCACCAUGGGUGAGUUCGGCUCGGGCCCCCAGUCCCUCUCCUACCAGUCGGACCUCCCCAGCGGACUCCUGACGCCGGACAAGCCCGUGGGACACCCCGUGGGACACCCCAUGCCUGGACAGGUGAGGCCUCAGCAGCCCCAUCCAGAGAGCCUCUCCGCACGCUACCCUGAGACCAGACACCAGCCUCUUUCGCACAGAGGGCCCGAGAUGGCCCAUGGAGGUCGCAUGGACUCUGGCCACGGUAACCUGCAGCAGCAGCAACAGCAGCAGCAGCAGCAGCAGCAGCAGCAGCAACAGCAACAACAACAACAACAGCAACAGCAACAGCAGCAGCAGCAGGCCAUGCACGGCAACGCCAACCUCAGCGGCCCCGGAGGACCGAUGCACUCGCGCGGCCCUCCCCAGAAUUCCCGAAUGCACCCGGACAACGCGUUUGGACUGGGCGGCCCAGGCGACGUUCCGGAGCCAGCGCUUGAUUUACUGCCGGAGCUGACCAACCCAGAUGAACUGCUGUCCUAUCUGGGCCCGCCCGACCUCCCCAACAACAGCAACGACGACCUGCUCUCCCUCUUCGAGAGCAACUGAUGAUCCAGUGUCCAGUUCUCCUGGCCCCCUCUUCCUCCGCUGCCCUCUGCUCCUGCUGCAAGGCCAACCAUAUCCGAUCAGACCUCCUCAGCUAUGACACCGUUUAGUGCAGCACAGCAACGCCGUCCUCAAAACUUGCUCCGUACCCCGUGUCCCGCGCCACCCAACCCCAGAUGGAAUAAGACAUACAAAUAAGUGACAAUAUAUAAAUAUAUAUAUUUCUGCCACAUUGUAUAGAGAAGAUGGGCGUCUCCACUCAUUGCCUCCCAGGGACCUGCCGGCUCUGAAACAGACCCGAGCCGAGCCCGGCCCAGAGGUUCUCUAGCACCCGCUCCUGUGCAGGGCAGGAUGAGGGACAUGCUGACCUGAAGGACUGCAGCAGACAUCUCAGAAAGACAAAGGGGCAUCUCGUGUCAGCCUUCGGCACGCAUACACACAUUUCCUUUUCUCUUUCAACGCCCUAAAACAGAAAUCUCACCCUCCACCUUGAAUCUCUUUCGUUGGAAUCCAGCUGAUCUGAAUACAGACUCAUGUUUGGUGUUUAAUAUGUAAUGCCGGGGACACCUGUGCCAAGGCAAGAACAGGACACCACCUUUCUUAAAUUACACGAUGGAGUGUUGCAUUUUUAAAAAGGCUAUUUUGGAAAAUCUAUCCACGAGUACUUAUUCGGCAAGUUUUAAAUACCGAGUCCCUCGUUGAAGCCUGGGGGAGCCAGGACUGGUCAGUGUUUGUACUCCUCAUUGUCUUUGUGGACUGGGGAAGGCCUGCAGGUCUGUCUCCAACAAUAAUUUAUGAAUGAAGAGCUAAAAUGUGGUUUUAAAUGUUUGAAUGUGCACAGUCUUGCUGCGGAAGGAACGCCCCUUGGUCCAUGGAGUCAACUGUCUCCUCCUCCACCAUGAAUAAGCAGUUGGAUUAUUUUUUUUCUUAAUUUUUUUUGUUUUGUUUUUUUUUUUGACAUUGUACUCUGCAAAUCCCUAAAGUACCCCUCUCUGAUCACAAAGCCAUAAUUAUGUGUUUUGCUACAAAUGUGGAUUGGGUUCCUCAUUCAACCUUAAAAUAGUUUCAUGUUUUUUGUUAUUGUUGUUCUGGGUUAUCAGAGGAGUAUGUGUCAGAAUUCCCAUUUGAGAAGGCCAGGACAUGGGCCUACCCGAAGCGCAGAAUGACUAAACUGAUGGGAAAGUUCUGAUCUGAUUAGAAUGUUUUUGAGAUGGUUAGUAUGAUGGGAAGGUACUGAGAUGAUUGGAAUGAUGGGAAGGUUCUGAGCAGCUGGGCUUGACGUGGGUCCAGCCAAAACUAGAGCGGCUACGGAUCUGGGCACGGUCUGGUCCAAAGUGAGCUGUGAUCGUGUUCUGCCUCUUAGACCCUUGAAGUCUGAAGCGCUAGACUGGUCAAAUGAUUGGGGAAGACAGUUGUUAUGACAUCUGUCACACGUGCACAGCACCAUCUUUUCAUAGUCUGGGGAACAGAAGCCGAGUGUUGCCCAAAUGGUAGCUGGGGGGGGAAGGGGCCAAAGUACUGUAAGAUGGUGGGGAGGUGGAAGAGGUUGUGACUCUGUUAUGAGAAGCACACACACACACACACACACACACACUCUCUCUCUCUCACUCACUCACCUUUGUCCACACCCCUGGUAUCUGACCCCAACACACCAUCUCUACUCCCUGCUAAGACUUGUCUGUCUCUGUUUUUUUUUUUCUUUCUUUUUUCCCUUUUUUCCAUCACAGUCUUUGUAUUCCUGUUCCUGUGUUGGCUCCUCUGCUUUUCUCCAGGUGUUUUGUUUUGAAACCCUCCGUUUAUAUUAGGUGAAUCAAGCUAAAGCUGACUACACGAUUGAUAUGCCGUGAACUUGAAAUGAUUUGAAGUGAUCUCUGACCUUUAAAGGUGUACACGUACAAGGAUGAAGCCUGAUUAUUAGACCAAGAGCAUCUGACUGAGGAAAGGAAAUUAUUGUCUCUUUCGAGUGUACACGGUUGCAAUAGGUCACUGCAACCUGACUGAGAACAACCCGAUAAACAGCAAUGAUCCACACACACACACACACACACACACACACACACACACACACACACACACACACACACACACACACACACACACACACACACACUCACACACACGCUAACAAAUCAGGAUGUGUUAGCCUUUAAGAAUGGGUAGGCUAUGUCCUGUAGUUAAGUCCAGCUUUUUUAAUUAUUAUUAUUCACCUACACUGAAAACCAAUGGAAAGAAGGAUGUUUUUUAAUAACAUGUACAGAUAUAAAAUUAGGCAAUUGUUACAGCUGUGAACUUUUUUGAAGUAUGUACACUCCAUCUCACUUCAAUGUGGACAGCUUCGUGACAAUAAAACUCUGACACUCUCCUAUGUAUCCCUGCUUUCUGCUUGUACUCUGGAGUCCAAAAGAGAACCAGCAAACUGGAGAAGGGGAUGAUGUCUACUAUUUCCUAUCUUGUCUGAGUUUAUUAUUUAAAAAAAAUGCCCUCUUGGGCACUGUCAGCUGUGUGCAGUUUGUAUUAUGAACUGUCUAGGACAUCAAAAGUUUUUUUUAUUAUUAUUUCUUUGGAUGUGCAAUGCUUUUUUUUGUUUGUUUUUAAGACAUUUGUGUAUCAUACAGUUUUAACAUUAAGUAUGUAAUUAAUCGUUAUUAUUCUAAAGAUAUUUGGUGGAACUGUAUGCCUCUAUCUUGUGUGUGUACUAGCAAUGUUUAUGAAUUUGUCAUGGAAAAAAUCUUCACCGAAGUCUGUGACUCUGACGCCUCUCCUCCCGCUCUGAGGUCAGGGCGCUGAAUUUAACUUGAGACCAGCAGCAAGUCACACACUGUUAAUCGAAAUGUUUGAAGAAAUGUUUGUUAUGUGUUGGUGAAAUCUAUACGUUCUGACAAUUGAAUUAAACCUGUAAAGUUGAACUCGAUUUGUUUUUCUAAAGAUGUGAAAUAUUUCCAUUAUGUUUUAUAAGUAAAGACUUAAGCCCCAAA